UGAUUUGUACAGUAGAGGUGACUAUGCAUUUUUGUGGGGGGUGUAAUUUAAGCAGUGUGUGAUAGUUGGCACAACUGUGGGUUUGUUUUACAGUUGGAAAGGCCGUUGUGAGGUUUACUUGAAACGGGCGUCUUUUAGAGCUGAGGUGAGCCGUUGUUUGCUAUUGAUCGGGUAUAGAUCUGCGCGCAUGGUCAACCUCUAACACGGACAUUUGAAUUUGCGCAAAUUUUCCUGUAUGUUUCACAAGAACGUGAUUGCACGCGCCGUCUUAAUAGGCUUCUAAUGUGUGAACUGUAGGCGGUGUCACUUUCGGUUUAAGGUUUCGAGGUUGAUGUUCCGCGUUGGUGAGUUCAUAACUGCGACACAAUCUGUCUGGAGCUCUUUAAAUUUGAAUGCAAAACACAAUCGCCUAUUCGGAUAGGUUUAGAAUGUAUACGGCUCGGAUGUAGAUAGGCUACUCUAUUGCGUACGGCAAGGUGAAAGAGUUGUUUGCUAGACAGAUUAGGUCUAGAGAAUUUCACCAAAAGUGUAUCCCAUAUUUAUACAUGCGUGUAUGCUAAUUCAAAGUAUAUAGAUACAUACUGGAUAGAGUCAACAGGCUGUUGUCCUUAUGUUAGAGGUCAAUUCUAUUCAUGUAGGCUAAAUCUGAUUUUUAACAAUAGUAGGCUAAAUUAUUGUAUUCUCACACUGGAGAGUGAUUAAGACUAAACGAAUCGGUUAAAGAGGAACGUAGGAUAUUUUUGUAAAUUAAUAAAUGAAUUAGUAUAACAUAAAUACUUCUCCAAGAUAUUACUAGACGUUGCCUAGCUUGAUCUAUUGAGCUGUCUAAGAAUAGUCAACACACGGAACAGAAGUAGGCCUAAGCUCACGUGCAAACUGAAUGACAGAGUUUACAGGACUCUUAAGGCAAAAUGUCUGCACUCUUACGCCUCCGACCUGCUUUUUGGAACCAGUGCCAGAGUAACAGCAUUGGCAUUCUUCAUCUUCACACGAGCAGUAAUGCAUGCUCCAAGGAGCAUUACAAGAUGCUUGUUCUGGGAGGAGGUAGUGCAGGAAUUACUAUGGGUGCUCGAAUGAAGAGGAAGUUUGGUGCUAAGAAUGUGGCCAUUGUGGAACCCAGCGAGAUGCACUACUAUCAGCCGAUAUGGACAUUGGUUGGUGCUGGAGCUAAGACACUGGGUUCAUCUGGUCGGACAACUGCAAGUGUAAUGCCAUCCGGAAUAAAGUGGGUCAAAUCCAGUGUUCAGGAGAUAAACCCAGACACAAACACUGUUCGCACAGACAAUGGGGUUGAGAUCACAUAUGAUUAUCUGAUUGUUGCUCUUGGUCUAGAGCUCCAUUUUGACAAGAUAAAGGGUCUGCCUGAAGGUUUUGAAUAUUCAAAGAUUGGUUCAAAUUAUUCUGUCAAAACAGUGGAAAAGACAUGGAAUGCCUUGCAGAACUUCAAAGAGGGAAACGCCAUCUUUUCUUUCCCAAACACUCCUGUGAAGUGUGCAGGAGCUCCACAGAAGAUUAUGUACCUCACUGAUGCAUACUUGAGAAAGACAGGUAGACGGGAAAAUGCCACAGUGAUUUACAAUACAUCACUGCCAGUGCUUUUUGGGAUCAAGAAAUAUGCCGACACCUUGUGGGAAAUUGUCAAGAGGCGAGAUCUACAAGUGAAUCUCAGGCAGAACCUCAUUGAGGUACGGGCUGACAAACAGGAGGCUGUGUUUGAGAACCUUGACAAACCGGGAGAAACCAAAGUGUUUGAGUAUGAGAUGUUGCAUGUGACACCUCCAAUGGGACCCAUUGCAGUGCUGAAAGGCUCCUCAUUGUCAGAUGCUUCUGGGUGGUUGGAUGUCGACAAAGACAACCUACAGCAUAAGAAAUACCCCAAUGUGUUUGGGAUUGGAGAUUGCACCAACCUGCCCACAGCUAAAACAGGUGCUGCUGUUGCUGCUCAGUCGUCUGUGUUGGACAGAACCAUAACUAAAGUGUUGGAAAAGGAAAAGCCAGAUAAAAAGUAUGAUGGCUACACAUCAUGUCCAUUGGUCACAAGCUACAACACAGUUGUCCUGGCAGAGUUUGAUUACAAUGGGCAACCACUGGAGACUUUCCCCAUUGAUCAAAGCAAGGAAAGACAAAGUAUGUACCACAUGAAAGCAGACGUCAUGCCUCAUCUAUACUGGCAUGGUCUCCUCAAGGGCUGGUGGGGUGGACCAGGACCUUACAGGAAAAUCAUGCAUCUUGGGAUGAAAUAACUUUGUUAAGUAGGUUUUUCUGUCCAAUUUCCAUCAUUCAAUUAGUCACUGAUUGUGAGUACAGCAUGUUAAACAGAACAAAUUAUAUGAUUAGUCAAAUGCACACUGUGCCAAUGUCUGUUUAGUGAUAGAAACACAUUUGUGAUACCAGAUUACAACCCUUUCAAAGUCUAAUACUAAGGUUAACCACUCAUCAACACUAUCAUACUCUUUGCUAACCAAUACAUUAUUCAGUCAUAAGUUACUGUGUUUGUACCAAUCACAUAUUUUUCCUAGAGUGUUGUGUCCACUUUUGACAUUGUGGUGUAUAUCUUAUCAACUAUCAGCUAUUUCACAAUAGUUUUUAAAAACCUUUUGCUAACUUUUCAGAUACAAUUUACAAAUCGUAAAGACAUUUAAGAGUUGUUGUCCCUUUUUAUUUUUGUUUGCAUGUUUUAGCCAAUACUUUUUACUUUCAUUUGUGGAAUAAAAGACAAAGGAACAACCACAUCAAGAAGCCAGGAAUGUCUUAGCAAGUCUCUCUGAAUCAGAGGGUUCAGAGCUUCAUAAACAGUACAAUAACACGGCAAUUGCAACACAUGAUGUUGUACAAAACUUUCUACUGGUACUGUAUAUUCAUGUGUCACUCAGUGGGAACAACAUGUCCUUUUCCCCCUUAGUACUGUUUUUUUUAAUGAAUGCAAUGGUGUGAUUUGACCACUAGAGAGCACCACUGUCCACUUUAUCCCAGCUGUUCAGCGUAACAAGAACACUUUAACCGCAAUUUACUGAGAAAAAGACGAAAGAAACCGAAGAUCUUACAAAAAAAUAUAAUACAAGCUUUAUAAUUGAUCUUUGUCUUAACACCACCUCCAUCUAAGCAAUGUGUGCAUCACAGUUAGGAGGAGCUCAUCCCGAUAGCUGAGAAUGGUACUGUUCAAUAAGAAAUAAAGCUUAUACAUGUCAAACUCA